AUGGCUGAAUCUUUAAUUCCCGCGCUCGCUUCUAUCGACGAGGAGGAGGAAAUCCUUUCAGAUCUUAAGUCGAUCACCGAUCUUGAUCUUCUGAAAAGAUUAAGGACCAGCGGGAAGAUGGUUCAUACGAAAGCGGGAAAGAAGAUAUUGGAAUCCAUUGCAGCUAAAGAAGAUCGUGACACCGUUCGAGCCCUCCGUGCCGUCUACGUCCGUGAUUUCGACAUCAUGGAGAAACGUCACGACCGCUACGUUCAGUGCAAAGCUCCUAACUACUCGCAGGAUGAUCUCGAUGGAGAAAAGGAUUGGCUCCAAGCCGUCAUCUGCGAUCACCUUGCAAUUUCGGCUAAGUGUGACGACUAUUUGGCUCAGACUAAUUCGAGGUCUGCUUCCGUCGUUUCAAGAGCUUCAUCCCGACAUUCCAGCGUCUCCUCACGUCAAGCAAAAAUUCACGAAGCUGAACGAAAGGAGAAGGAAGCAGAGUUAAUGCUCCAGCAAGUGGAAGACGAGACAAGACGCAGAGAAGAAGAAGAUGCAAAAAUCCGAGAAGCGGAAGAUUACAAACGAAAGGUGGAGAGUGAGAGAAAACAACGCGAGAUACGUGACGAGAUUGAUCUUCAGCGUUUGAGUGGCGCAAUCAUGCGGCAACAACUCAACGAUCUUACCGUCGACGAUCAGGCAGUACCAACACGCGCUUCAUCCGUCGUGAGCGGUUUAUCGAGAGUCAGCCGUGGUUCAUCUCACCAUUCUCUCCCGAAUAAUUCGACUCUUCUCGCUCAAACUCCAGCUGCGUUUGCACAAACGUCGACCAUGACAACCGCGGAUCCGAUAACUCGAAUCAUGGCUACUCCGCAGCCGCAGACAAGCACCGUCGUGAUUUCAACAGUGGCUCAAACUCUACCGAUGACCACACCGUUAGUCGGAUCUACGUCUAGGAUCCCAACACCAACGAGACUCUUCGGCCAACCGGCAGCGACGAUGCCGCCAACGCCAAAGGUGAACCUUUUCGGCAGACUACUUAAAGCUAUCACGCCCGGCUCACUUACUCGUUCCGCAUCCGUGCCGCAUAUUCCUUUGAAUGCCGGAGCGUCAAAUGCUUUCGUGACAACUAGCAUAACGAAUCAGACGUUUUCAACACCGUCGUCUACUAGUGUCACAGCACGGCCAGUCAUGACAAGUCAACCCACGUCAACGGUUUACAACAUCGUUACUCCGCCAACGUCAGUCUCUCAGGUUCCUGUAUCGAUUAUUCCACCGACUACGACUACGACACCGGUAACCGCUCCGAUUUCCACGUCAGCAGUUCCUCACGCUUCAGCAACGACUGUACAACCGUUCAUCCCGCCGACGUCAACAUCAGUUGCCGCUCCAGUCUCUUCAUCAGCGGCUUAUCCGUUCACGCCAUUGACUACCGCCACCAUCUACGCUCCCACGACCAGUUAUGUGACGCACAUUCCAGUGUCGGUCCCGUUGCCGCCCAGGUCCUCAGCUUCGGUCCCAUUUCCGCCCGGAUCUUCAGCUUCGGUUCCGUUCCAGCCUGGAUCUUCAGCUUCGGUUCCGUUUCCGCCUGGUUCUUCAGCGAGCACUUCGUCGUGGUUUUCAUCGUGGAGGAACACUGGUCAACCGAAUUUCUUUGGGCCAACGCAGCCGACUCAACCACCGUCCGUUCCACCGGCCCAACCACCGUCCGUUCCGCCGUCUCAACCACCGUCCGUCCCACCGGCUCAACCACCGUCCGUUCCGCCGACUCAACCACCGUCUUUCACGCCAGCGUCUAGCACUAGCCACGUUUGGCCCCCAAAUCCGCCGCCGACCACUUCAAUUCAGAUGAGCUCGGUCCCGAAUAUUUCAAUUCCGACAAGUGCAACGCAAGUCACCUCCGCACCGCCUUACAGCACUAGUUAUGUGCCGGUCAGCCUAGGUCCGUCAUACGGUCCGGGUUUGUCCGCCUACAAUCCGAUUGCGUCUUCAUCUCCAUUUGGAAUGGGUUCAAUUUACGGGCCGGCCAUCACGGCCACCUUUCCGACUUCAUCGUUAUCCACACCGUCAACCGGCUUUGGACAUGUCCCGACGUCCUUUCCGAGCAUCUCGGCACCACCCUUCGUGCCGACGAAUCUGACAUUCGCGUCCGUUUUUCCUGGACCUUUCGUUCCUCCAUCGACGACCGACAACCCGCAUGGAGUUUACACGCCGGAUGCAUGGAUCCACAACCUCGGUACAGCACACGCUCCGCCGGGUCGUUCCAGCAUCAAACCACCUCGAAUGAAAGCGCCAAGCUUCGACGGAGAUCCUCGGAAUUGGCCAAUGUUUAUCCAAAUGUUUAAGGUCUUUGUUCACGAUGCCGUAAGCUCCGACGCGGAGCGUAUCGCUCAUCUUCACGACGCCCUUACUCCAUCGAUCAGGAAAGACAUUGGUGGAGCGCUGUUGAAUCCCGGACUUUAUCAACACGCUCUCAACGAGCUCCAUAAACGAUAUGGCAAUCCGCAAAUCGUCUCUCAAGCCUGA